AAUGCUAAUCGAUCGAAUGAAAAUUAUAUUCUGGUUUUAAAAAGGAUGGAUAAGUAGCUUAAUAAAUUUGGAUUGCGACUAGAGUAUAUUUUAAGACAUUUUGGGGUAGAUUUUAAAGGAGCUAAAAAAGAAUGUAAUAUACAUUUACAACAAACAUAUAAUUGCCCUCGACCAGCAUAUGUUUACAACAUAAUUCCUUGCAAAGAUUUAAAUUCAUGGGAGAUUAAAAACUAUCAUUAUUUAAACUCAAGAAGAGACUGAAUAUUUAUUUCAAGACAUGAGACAAUAAUUAAUACUCCAUAACUAGAAAAUAAUGUGCCCUUUAUUGUUGAUUUCACAACUAUAGUAAAUUAUUCUUGGUGCUUCCUAAUCAGUUGAAUUUUUUAAUUAUGUAACCUGCUUAUGGGUCUUCAAUCAUCUCCAAGAAAGUUUAACAAACUUUGCCUUCUAAGCCGUAAUAGGAUGAAAUAUUUUCUGUGCUAACUGAUUUAGAAAUUGAAUAUUUGAUGACAUAAACUGAUUCA